CCCAAGAAAUUCUUCCAAACUGUCGUGGCAGUGAGAUACAAAGCCUGAUGAAUGUGUCAUCUACCACUUGGCAAAUUCGGCAAAACAUAUCUUUUUGUGUUCUUAUUUUUUUUCCUCAUUCUUCUUCAUUCUCAAAUUAAAAUGCAAAUUGGUGUUUGAUGGAAUGAAACUCAGUUAUAUGAUCACUCUGGAUCUGUUUAGAAUUAGUGCCCUGAGAACAUAACUCUGGCUUGUCUAGGUAGUUCAGUGAGGGGAUAUUUGUUGAUGUAGAAUUUGGAAAUACAGAUCGAGAGAAUCAGCAUUGCCUGUUGCAGUUGAGCGGAGAUAAGAUAUGGAUAAUUCAUCAUCUGGUUUGGCACCAACAUCAAAUCAGCGUUUCCUCUUAUACUUCAUUACAGGAUUGUACUUUGGUCCUCAUCUGAGGGAAGGACCCCGUAAAUCUGUUUUACAACGUUGGGGUGAGGGUCUUCCACUAUACACAAUGGAUCAAUUAGCUGGUUCCUGUAUGGAUAUCGAAAUAGUGGUAAGGGUAUACUACCAUGUGUUAAAGAAGGCAAAUAAAUUUGUUAUUCUAGAAUCCGUUGAGUUGCACCAGUUCUUUCUAGGAAAUCUUCCUAGUCCUCGGGGGCUGGGAGAUCAAACUAGAAGUUACCCUCAGUUUGAUGGUCUCUUUCCUCCCAAUCUGCAUCCUCGAGUACAAUCUCAAACUCGCUGUGAAGCAGUCGAGAAUGUUGUGCUCAUCCAUAACCCAGACUUCUCUUGUGUCAGUCCAGGAGAUAUUGAGAGGUUCAGGAGGCUAACGGGCCUAGAAGAUUUAUGUCUUGACGGAUUUAGAGGGGAUGGCCUGACCCUAUAUGAUGUGCCACUACAAGACAACAGUAACUCUGAAGAUCUUGUGCACCAUCACUCUCAGCAGAGUUUGGAUAUUGUACCUUAUUGUGGUGCAUCUUCAGGAGGAGACAGGCAGCUUGAUAUUGUGACUUUUAGCAACCCUGUCAUCACAACUUCUCAAAUGUCCAAUGGCACAAUUUCCUUACCAACAAAUACAAGCUCUCCAGAUUCUCCUGAGCCAAGAAUGAUAUUUCUUCCUUCUUGUCCCCCUAGGAAGGUAUGGAACAACAUCGUUGUAGCCUCUGGUGGGUUUGCUCUUACCGGGACUGCAGCCAUUGGAAAUGUAGGACCUGUUCUUGGGCUAGUAGAUAUUGGGGAGAACAAAGAUUCCUAUCUGUUCCGCGUUUCACUUCCUGGAGUAAAGAGGAAUGAAAGUAAGCAAAAUUUCAGCCUGCAGAUUUCUUUAAGCAAAAACUAUCUGCACACAGAUAUCAGGAAUUACUCUGGUUGUAAUCUAGAAAAUGCUCACCCUCAUUUUACCCUCAAACACCCUUGUUUUGUAGUCGUUUCUUUUUCAUCUGAAACUUCUUUUUUUCUUUGUUUUGUAGACUUCACCUAUGUGUAUGAUCUAUUUUAUGAGCAAAUUCCCUCUCGCACUGUUCAUUGUACACAAUAUCAUCGUGUCCAAUUUCAUUUCCCAUUGUACCUUUUGACUGUUUAGGUUUAUUAAUUUCUGUCACCCCGCGUCAUGUUUGCAGGAGAAUUCAGCUGUGAAGUUGAAAAUGAUGGUAAAGUUAUAAUAAGUGGGGUGACAACCACGGGUGAAAAAACAGUCUACAGGUACUCACAGGCGUUCCAGAUGCAAUCUCAGAAUCUUUGCCCGUCAGGACAUUUCUCCAUUUCCUUCCACCUCCCCGGUCCAGUUGACCCCUAUAACUUUUCUGGUAACUUUGGUACUGAUGGAAUUUUAGAAGGUGUUGUGAUGAAACUUGCAUAGAUUUAGAUUAUGGUAGAAACCUUAGUUUAUGCUUUAACCCGUUCUGUAUAUAUCCUCCCAACUUUUUUCAAACAUUUCUGGAAAAAGUCUCUCACAUCAACCAGUCUCCAAUCUACAUCUGCAAACAUUCAUAGGGUACUAGAAAUCACCUUAAUGGAAUGUACAAAUAUUUAAAGCCUAAUGAAGGAUUGCUUGCAAGAUAAAACAUUAUACUUCGGAAUUUAGUUCAGAGUUCAAAGUAGCAUUGACAUGUAUAAUACUCUACAUCAGGUUAGUAUAUUGAAAAACUUAUUAAGUGGGUGAAAUAGAAAGGAACCACAAAUUGUAGUGAGCUCAAAAUACUUCAAACGACAAAUACAUUUUAUUCAUUCAUCAAGAAUCUGAAGGAGAUUGAGGUUGCUGAGGUGCAUCUGACCAUAACUGGGGAGCCAUGUAAGGGAAAGGAGGCUGUGCGUACAGAGUAGGAUCGAUUACCGGCCCAUUCGGAGUCAUCCCGGGAGGAGUUCUAGCCUGCUGCUGUGCUAACUGCUGAGAAUUCACUGGAUAGUAGUAAGGUAGAGAGUCAGAAGAUGGUCCUCCCAUUGGUAAUGAAUUCCUUGGGACUGAUAACAUGCCCUCAUCUUUCAGCUCUUCCCUGGGGAUAAUAUCAACCAAGAAGUCAAAUAUAUCAGUUCUUGCAAUUGCUGCUGCAAUGUCAUUCUUCUGAAGAGUCCUCCUUUUGUUUUCCUCAGUGUGAUUCCAAGCUCUGAGAGUCAGUUCCAAGAUGAACAUCUCACAUGCCCUGGCAAAAACUAUGGGGGCCUCGGCCGAUAUCAUCCUCACAUCUUCAUCAGCCUUCAUGAUCUUCUUGAUCCUUGCUAAAGGAAGGCUGUGGUUCUUGAACUCGUUGAUUUUCUCGACAUCGUGACGCUGGUUUGCCCAAAAGGAUUGAAGCGUUUGCUGCAACUCCUGUUGCUGCUGCUGCUGCUGCAUCUGCUGGUAAGCGCGUUGUUGCUGAUCGCCGAGCUGAACUCCUCCGGUGGCUUGACUCGAGGCCUGCGCAGCCGCCAUCAAUGGCGCCUGACCGGGAGGAUUUCCAGCCAUCUGCCUCGCGUCGUAAGCAUUCGGUGGAUACGACAGCUGCGGCAUGCUGUUAACCAUGGAAUUGAGAUUGGGUGGUUGGUUGUGUUCUUGUUGAUCCAUUGUGUUAUGUUUCCCUGGAGAGAAGAAGCAAAACACACACACACACAUACACAUAUGAAUUACCAAAACUGAUUUUUUCAAAACACAAGAUAAUAAUGAUGACAUUUCAGGUUCAAUGGCCUUAGCCAAAUGGAAACAGAGAAAAAGUUAUACAAUGAUCCAUGUUUUGCUCGUGUGUCCUAUUCCUACCAAGAAUGGGAAAAGAGAGAGACACAAAGUUCACGAGAAAUCGAUGAUCAAGUGCUUAAGAGAUCACAUAUUGUGAAGACUCAUCAUAUUUUUUUUUUUUUGAUUUUUCAGAAAGCAAUCUUUUUA